AUGAUAGGUGAGUUGUUCGUUCCCACUGGGGUAAGAGACACCGAAGGAACCCAUCCAUAUCUACCAUUCACCGCUAACGGGUCUUCCGGCCCUCUGUCAUACAUCGAAGACGACGACCCUCUGCCCGCCGAAGAUACGGACAGUACACCGACCCAGGGUACUAUCCUACCGUCGGGCGGUCACGACUCUGAAGACAGAGACAUCGACGAGGAUUGCGACGGUGUCCCAAGCAGAGAAGAUAUUUUACUAGCCAUUGAGGAAGCACUUCUCGACGAGGAGCCCCAGGACCCAAGUUUGGACUACACCUCCGGUCUCAUUGAGCCUACUACAACUCCCCCAGUGACGCUUCCAGGCUCUUCAGUCACUGAACAGGAACUAGAGGCAUCGUCUACGGUCACAUUGGAGCAAGCGGUUCAGGAUGCCGGAACAUCAUCGAUGGCCCCACCGGAGCGUCCAAUCACAAGCAUUUCGGACUCAAUUGUGAUGCCGCCUCCCCGUUAUCCGGCUUCUGGCAACCAGACUGGUAGCGACUUUGAAGUGGCGAAGAUUCGUCGCUGUACCCGAAAAAUGACACAGUUUCAUUUCAAUAUCGCUGUCUGGUGUAUUACCGCUGGGAUUUCACGAACGCAAUACAAGUCCUUCUGUGAAGCGAUCAAGUGCCUCGAAGCUAGUGCUGCGGAAGAGCCCUUGCCAAGGGAUCUUAGUGCCCUGAAGAGAACUAUGUACGGCCAGAUAAAUACACUAGAGAUGCUCUGCUGCAAGAUUCCCGUAAUCACGACAAAGCUGCCUACUUUAUCCGAGCAGGAUCGUAGACUCGCAGAGUCUGUCACGCGGACACUCUACCUGAUCAACCCGAUACCGAUGGUGAUCAGGCUUCUGCAGUCCCCGGCGUUUCGUAAGCUCAUGCACAAAGGGCUAGCGCGAUCUGUUCAAAGCCCGACAGAGCUUUGGGAAUCAGAUGCAUGGACUUCUUCAAUCCGAUCCACGUCUGGGAAAUUCGCAACCUACCCUGACGGCAAGCCAAUCUUUCCCUCUGAUAUUGUAUACUACCAGUGUAACGCUUCUUGUUGCCUCCAAUUCGGAGCACCUGGGCACAUAGGCCGAGUGUAUAGUGUCAGUGAAUGUCAAGCUAAGGAUUCAGAUAUGUGGAAAUGUGUUAUCCACAUUCAACCGGUAUUGCAGCGACAGGAAGUUCACGUGGAGGAUGAACGGACUAUUAUCGCAAGUGGGCCAGGUCUUGCACCCCAUGAGCUUAUCCUCCUCACUGACCGACGAUACACUAUCUCUCCAAGAAAGGUGCUCCGACAAGAGGAAUCUGUCUAUCUUGAUCGCCAAUUCGAGCUUGAGGAUGAUAUACUAGCAGAGAGGACAUCUGAACGUGCGGCAAAGUCUUCGGCGAAGUCAUCGGCAAAGGCUUCGGCAAAGUCUACUCUUCCGAAGGGACGUCAGCGCUUUGUGCUUAAGCACCCUGACUACAAAUUCACUAUCUGCCGGGCAAUCAAAUCGGAUAUGCAGGUCUAUGCCCUCAAAAAUACCAAUCCGAUCCGUGGCGAGCUUGAGAUUUGGCACUAUGGCCGAGAGCACCUUGUCGAGACCCUCUUUAGGCAGCGUUGUAUCUCGUUUCCAAUGCAGAUUUUCUGCGACGGAUUUCGGCUGAAGCGGACCAUUCAAGACUCUCUGAUGGGUAUUUACAUGAUUCCUUCAUUUAUCCCAGCCAAAGAACGGGAAAAACGGGCCAACCUCUUCACUCUCACACUGGGGCCGCAUGGCACGAACUACACUGACGUUACCCGUUGCCUUAUGAAUAUCAAUGAACUUGAACGCGGAAUCGAAGUCGACUGGGUCGACGGGAAGAAGAUGCGGGUUGUUGCAUUUUGUCUUUCAUACAUUGGGGAUAUGCCCCAGCAACAGCUUAAUGCAGGCUUCAAAGGUCCUACUGCCACAUAUAGCUGCCGCAAGUGCUUCGUGAGAGAUGACCAACGCGGCGACCUUGACUUCAACAUCGUGAAACAUGGUCGUUAUCAUUUUGAGUGUCUUGCUCAACGCAAGCAAGCUAUUGCCCACCGUAUUCGAGGUAACAAGACAGUCCAGAGAGAGUACCUCCAAAACACUGGAAUGCUCGAGCAAGCGUCACCAAUAUCUCGACUUUCACCGGAACUGGAUCUAGUCACCGGGUUUCCUUCUGACCCAGCUCACUCGGAGUACAAGGGUCUCUCUUAUCUCGUUCAAAAACUACUCAUAGAGGAUAUUUUGUCGCCAGUAGGGCGUGAGGAGUUUGCAGCUGCGCUUUACAGAUUUCCCACUCCGCCAGGCUGGACCCGGCUACAAUCUCCACUACACCAUCUCGAGAGUUAUCAAAUUCAAGAACACGCGAGAGCCUCUAUCAUCUUUCCCCUCUUACUGCGUCAGCGUAUCAAGAAGAAAUGGAUCAAAGAUAGCGUCUACGAAUCGAUUCGGCGGACGUUCGGAGUCGUCCAAUACCAACCGGAGGAGCGUGUCGUUACAGUGUUUGCAGCGAUUGCUAAGAGUAAUUCUCUCUUGGCAUAUCAUACAAUACCCGAGGAAGAUCGACAGUCAUUUAACAAGAUUAUAACGGAUGCCCGGUCAGCAUUUCAAAGCCUAUGCACUGCGGUUAUCAAGGCAUCACGAGGGCCCCGAAGAUCAAGAAACUCCUCACGGGCGGCCAGGAGUAGUAGCACCUCGAGGGAACGAUCACCCACAGCCCAGACCGAUGAUCCAGGGACUACACAGAAGGCUGACUUUUGGGGGCUUGCUAUGAAAAGACCGAACGUGCACACUGCUCUUCAUUAUUCCCUCGAUGCGUCAAUGUACGCUACACCAUGGAACAGUAAUGUUCUUGCAGGAGAAGACAAGCACAGGUAA